GAAGCACAGCAACAACAGAGCUAGCGCUGCGCUGCGGUCGGUGGCGCUGAGCGUUCAGUUUCGUCGGUUUUUCGCUUUAGUUGAGUCCGUCGUUUCAUUUCGAAAGCAUCUCAUCCGGUGGAUGCUGCAUGAGAGAAUCGCGCGCGCGGUCAAAUUCCGUAACUUUCGGGAUCGUUUACAGUGAAAUUACUUUUAUUUAUUCUAUUAUAUAAUUAGUGUUGUAGUGUCAUAAAAAGUUUUCUAGCAAUCGCCAGAGCGAACUACUGUGCCAUCGAGUAUUAUUUAAUAUAUGUGAUUGGAAUUGUGAUUAUCAAAAUAUGUAAUUUUACUUCUGCACAUUUUUGUGAUAAUCAUCGUUAGGCUUGUUUGCACCUACAAGGAACCGAUGUACCUGGAUGUUACAAAUUAAGCGAGCGGUCCGUCGUUUCCGCUAGAUCAAGCGAGAGCAGACUUUUAAUUGGACCUUAAGCCAACAACGAGCGAAAGUUCAAACGGUGAUCCCGGUCGUGAGAAGUUCUAUGUAGCAUGAACGGCUGCUGUCAUACAUAUCUCGCGUUUGUAGGAACGGGGAGCUGAAGUUCGCUAUGGUAUAGAACCGUCUCCAACUACAACAACGUCGACAACAGCGGUGAAAGAUACGACGCGAAAGAUUGACAACAGGUGAUGUCAACGUCAGAAGGCGGGCGCAGUAAUUUAAUUAAAUCCCAGUACGACGCUAUCACGUCGAGCUCUGCUGCGAUAGAGCUGCUGACGAUAGCGGCCACGGAGCGCCAUGGCGUUGGGGACGAGGAGCAGAAUGGUGGCGAGGCAAACGAAAAUAGUCACCACAUUAGCGGUGGAACGCGGAACGAUGGCCAGAAUAAAACUGUGAACGCUCGACGACGGUGGAAGCUGUUGGCCAAGGCACUGCGACACGACUCUAGUGAGGAUGAUCAGUUCGCAAAGUUCAACUUGAUCGAGUUUGAUCGGGCGUACGAUGAGAAGGAUGAGAAUAUCUUCGUUUACAGACUUGCCGAUCGCUACAGGUUGAAGAUACGGCUCAUCGGUGAACGACCUUGGACGGCGUCGGAGCUGAUCGGAUUUAACAAUACUGGGAACAUUUGUGUGUGGCCUUCGGAAGAGGCCUUAGCUUAUUAUAUUUUGUCUCGAUUGAAUAUUUUCGAAAACACCAAUGUUCUAGAGUUAGGCGGUGGUAUGACAUGUCUUGCAGGGCUUGUAUUGGCGAAAUAUGGUAAUCCAUCAUUUGUACAUGUUACCGAUGGAAACGAUUUAUCUGUAGAAAAUGUUAGGAAAUCCCUGAACAUGAACAAGUUUAACUGUACGAUUAAAACCUCCGUCCUGAAAUGGGAAUCAGUAUGUCUCGACCAGUGCCCAAGAUAUCCCGACUGUGGUCGGUAUCAGUUUAUUCUUUCAGCAGAUUGCUUGUUCUUUGAUGAAUCUCGUUCGCAUUUAAUCGAUGCCAUCUGGUUGUUUCUGGCUGAUGAAGGAGUGGCACUCAUAACGGCUCCCCGCCGGGGACAUACUCUGACACACUUCCUCAACGAAUGCGUCGCUCGUGGUUUCUACUACGAACUGCUGCACUGCUACAACGAGGCAAUCUGGGAUAAACAUUUGGCACUGAUCAAAACCGACGGCUAUGACGAGAACAUCCACUAUCCACUGUUGAUUAAAAUGUACAAAAAAGAUUACAAUUUACGGCAUAUCUGAUUGAGGGCAAUGGGAGCUCCGGGGUAUUGGUGAUCUCAUAGCACAGAUAGUAGGAUUUUUGGUAACAAUUUGAUAAAACCAUAUGCGCUUAACGUACUUUUGCACCGUAGCGAAUGAUAGCGUGCUCUAGUCAAUUACAAAACGAUGGAUCUAUAAAUGCUCUAGAGUAUUACGUUGACUAUUGAUAGGAUUAGUUAGGACUAGUGAUAAUUCGAAAUCUCGUAGCCAACACACAGGAAACAAUAUAUGAACCAGACACGAGUUACAUGAGAGGAUAUUCCCAUACAGACUGACCUUUCCCGUUGUUAGUUAUAAUUAAUUGGUAUAUGGGUUUUGAUGGCUUCCGGAGGCUCAUACUUAUUUGAUAGGCAUAACUACACAUUUUAUGACCCAUGUAGCUCAGACGGUAAAUGAACAGUUCUGUUCAAAUUAUCUGUGUUCGAACUAAAACUUAUCGGAUUUGUUAAAGAAUUUUAAGAAGACCCGAUAUUCUGAUGAAUAUUUGUCAAAAUGCACAAUCAAGCCAAAAAAAUUGAUGGGAUAGAGGUGGAGACAAAAAUGCAAUAAAACGCUUGAGUUUUGCGUUUGAGGUCCAUGUGCACAACAGAACAUGUGCUCGAUGAACAAAUUUAUGAAAUGAAAUCCACGUACUCCGGUGAGACUCGAACUCACGACUCCCAAUUCGCUAGACGGGCGCUUCUAUUCCUUCAUUCUACGGAGUCACUCGACUAUCUCCAAUCUCCAAGAACAUGUGCUCGAUGUCACGCUUUACUUCCCUUCCGAAGGAAAAGCUCACAUUUCGUGAGUUUGUCUGGAGUGGGAUUCUAUCCCAGGUCCUCGGCGGGAAAGGCAUGUGCUUUAACCAUCACACCAGGUCCACUCCACUUACUUAUUUCAUUUUUUUCUUUUUUAGCCACUAAGGUAGUACAUGACCAGGGGUUAUUUUUACUGUUGUAAUGUCCAUACAGAGUUUAAACACCAUUUUUAAUUUUACUAGCACUGUUGUCACUGAAGGCUUCUUUUCUAUACUUCGUCGACGGUAUGACAAGAUCAUAUGCUGUUGUUUCACAUCAACCUAUUGGCAUUGCUGAUAGACAUUUCCCAAUUAUCUAUUGCAAAAUUUUAUUUGUAACACUGGAUCUUCUUUUUAUGUCAUAGACUGAGAGUGCAUAUAUUUAAAAUAUGCAGGGAAUUUUGUGCUUAAAAUAAGCUGGGGCCUAAGUAAUUUUGAUGACCAAUUAGUAGGGUCAAUGGAAAUUCGUGGCCAAAUUUCUUAAAUUUCGCGCUCCACUUAUGCAAAUUUCUCGACCCCAUAUUUUUGACCGUUUUGUUGAAAAAAAAAAUCGAUAUCGCAUGCCAAAUGGAUAAUUUAUUUAAUAUUACUCAUAACUUUUUCGAAAAAAAAAAUUGAUGAAAACUAUGUAUUUAAAUGUAUUUAAAAGGCCGUAAACUUUUAUUGUGCGGAUACGGAAUCGUGAACAACUUUACACUGUAAAAAGAUAUCAUACAUUUAUGUAUUAAAAUUUGGAAUUGAUGGAAAUUUGUAAGGUAUUUUUGCAAUUUUGUAAAAGCCUAGAUGAGCUAGCUUAGGGGUGAAAAUCUCGUAAAUAAAGUUAAUAAUAAUAAUAAAAA